GUGCAGUUGCCACUGAAGUUCAAUGCGCUUGCGACGGCCACGCGCAGUGCACGCCCGCAAACACUGGACAGGCGCGCCGUGCCGGCGGCGCCGGUGGCGACCUCCUCGGCGACCUCGGAGUGUUCCGUCGGCUCGCAGGGCACGUCCGGGGAGAACUCCCUCCGGGGCACCUCGACGGUCUGCAGCCUGAGUUCGCACGGGCUUACGCCUUGCAGCGCCAUGGCUUCGGCCGCGGCCAAGGGCAACCAGCUUGCCGGAGCGGGCGAGCCUCCUGCGUCGGAGCCAAGGCCCCAGCCGGAGGAGAGCCCCCGGCGCGGCCUGGCGCGCGCGGUCUCGCCCGCGCGCUCGGCGUCGCCGAGCAGGGGCUUCCCGGGCUCCCUGCAGGUGCGCCUCGGGAUCGUCCCGCCGCCCAUGGGGGUGAUCUCCGCUGCGCAGGCUCCACAGGCCCCGCGCGCGCAGCUGGUGCGCAUGCCGCAGGCCGGCCCGCAGCUGCUCCAGGGCGUCGCGCAGCCGCAGCCUUGGCCCGCUCCGCAGGUGCAGGUGCACCCGCAGGUGCCCGGCCGCCCUGCCUGA